CGCUCGUGACUAGAUAUCAGAGUUAGUUUUUCUAUCCUCAUGUGACAUUUAUGAUUUCUUAUGUCCCUUAUGGCAGCCCAGGUUUAACCGAUACACAUGGCAAGCAGUACACUAAACUGGUAUAAUAAUAAAGUUGAAAUACAAUAUUAUGGAAAUCAGUUUAAUUGAACUCUAGGUCGAGGUCGGACAAAAUAAGCAGAGUACAGACAAUGCAAUUUGAAGAAGUAACUGACAUUUUUAAUCAAAAGGGCCAACCGAUUUCUCAUCUUCUUCCUUCAAGAAUUUGCAGCUAUGGCAACUUUCUGCAAGCUGAGAUCACUUCUGGGUCUCCAGAAUUUGGUUUGUUCAGUUUCGCCCUUUUAUCCGAUUCGCAGUUACUCUUCAUCUCCUUUUGGUAGAAUUGGAUUCAUAGGACUCGGAAACAUGGGAUCAAGAAUGGCGGAUAGCUUGAUUAAAGAUGGAUAUGAGGUUGCAGUACAUGACAUAAAUCAUAAUGUUAUGAAGAUGUUCUCGGACAAAGGCAUUCUUACAGAAGAUUCUCCUUUAAAAGUUGCUGAGACAAGUGAUGUAGUUAUUACAAUGUUACCAUCAUCAAACCAUGUUCUGGAUGUUUAUACUGGAAAAAAAGGUUUUCUUUGUGGUGGCAAUCUACUCAGACCAUGGCUAUUUAUUGAUUCUUCUACAAUUGAUCCUCAGACAUCAAGAAAGGUCUCUGCAGCUGUGUCUAAUUGUUCUUUGAUAGACAGGAGAGAUGGCUGGAAGGCUCCUGCUAUGUUGGACUCUCCUGUAUCUGGCGGUGUUCUUGCUGCAGAGAAUGGGACUCUUACUUUCAUGGUUGGUGGUCCAGAGGAGGCUUACAUGGCUGCUAAACCCUUGUUUCUCUCGAUGGGCAAAAACACUAUCUACUGUGGUGGAUCGGGGAAUGGUGCAACUGCAAAGAUCUGCAACAAUUUGGCAAUGGCUAUUAGUAUGCUGGGGGUGUCUGAAGCCUUUGCUCUUGGUCAGUCUUUGGGAAUUAAAGCAAGCACUCUAACAAAAAUAUUCAAUUCUUCAAGUGCUCGCUGUUGGAGUAGUGACACAUAUAAUCCAGUGCCUGGGGUGAUGGAUGGAGUGCCUUCUUCAAGGAAUUAUAUUGGAGGUUUUGCAUCUAAGUUGAUGGCCAAAGAUCUGAACCUUGCUGCAGCAUCAGCAAAAGAUAUUGGAUUCAAGUUCCCAUUGACAUCACAAGCAGAAAAGAUCUUCACAGAGCUCUGCAAUAACGGUCAUGAGGCAAAGGAUUUCUCUGGUGUAUUCCGGUACUAUUACUCUGGAAAGGAUGAGCAGUAAUCCCCUCAGCUAAGGUAGAUGUGUUGGCUAGAGUUUCUUGUUCCUCAAUUUAGAAUCCGGAAAGCUUGAUCCAAGAUUACUUGCUUGGUGCCCUGCAGAAAAGAUUAACGUUUAUUUAGUAGGUGUUCUUAAUCCUUUUCUUCUUGCAUUCCAACAAUUCACUUGGUUGGAAUCGUUUAUAAAUGAUGAACAGUGAAGUUAGUGGACUGAUUUCUUAUUUAACUCCAAUUUGGGGUUCAUCUGACGGAUUUUGUGAUGUUAUAUGAAGUUUCCUUGUUUCU